GCGCGGCACUGAGUCUGCGGACCUCGCGAUGGCCGGGCGCGCCGCGGGCAGGUCUCUGGUGGCGCCGGUGGCGCUGGUGGCACUGGUGGCGCUGGUGGCGCCGGCCGCGGCGGAGCUGCGCCUCGCCGUGCUGCACACCAACGACAUGCACGCGCGCUUCGAGCAGACCAACGCGCUGUCGGCGACGUGCGCGCGCGAGGACGCGGCGGCGGGCCGCUGCUACGGCGGCGUGGCGCGGCUGGCGGCGGCCGUGGCCCGGGAGCGGGCCGCCCCCGGCGCCGGGGACGGAGUGCUGCUGCUCAACGCCGGCGACACCUUCCAGGGCACCGUGUGGUACGCCGUGCACAAGUGGCGCGUGGCCGCGCGCUUCGUCAACCUGCUGGGCUUCGACGCCAUCUCGCUAGGGAACCACGAGUUCGACGAUGGAGUGGCGGGUCUGCUGCCCUUCAUCAACAACGUGACCUGUCCCGUGCUCUGCUCCAACCUCGACCUGCGCGACGAGCCCGCGCUGGCCGCCACCCCGCUCGCCAACUCCACCGUGAUCACCGUGCGCGGGGUCAAAGUGGGCGUCAUUGGCUACCUCACGCCUGACACCAAGGCGCUGUCCAACACGGGGAAGGUGCGCUUCAUGGACGAGGUGGUCGCCGUCACGCGGGAGUCGGAGCGGCUGCAGGCGCAAGGAGUCCACAUCAUCAUCGCGCUGGGCCACUCCGGCUUCAAGGAGGACCAGGCCAUAGCCCGCCAGGUGCCCCUGGUCGACCUGGUCAUCGGCGGCCACACCAACACCUUCCUCUACACAGGCAAGCAGCCCGACUCGGAGGUGCCGGAGGGCCUCUACCCCACCGUGGUGACCCAGGCCAGCGGCAAGAGGGUGCCCGUGGUGCAGGCCUACGCCUACACCAAGUACCUGGGCAAGCUGCACCUCGUGUUCGACGAGGAGGGCGAGCUGCAGACGUGCGAGGGCAACCCGAUACUCCUGGACGGCUCCGUGCCGCAAGACAAGACGCUGCUGGCGGAGCUGGCCCUGUGGCGCGGCGAGAUACAGAAGCUGGAGAACGAGACCAUCGGCCGCACGGCGGUGCUGCUGGACGGCGACAGGAAGAGCUGCCGUCUCGUCGAGUGCAACUUCGGCAACCUCAUCACCGACGCCAUGGUCGACUACCGUGCCAGAGACUACGUGGGUAGCGGCUGGACGGACUCCCCCAUAGCCAUCAUACAAGGAGGGGGCAUCAGGAACUCCAUCGAGAAGUCCACUGAUGCAGGGAUGUCGAGGGCCGACGUGCUGUCGGCUCUGCCCUUCGACAACCCCGUCAUCAAGGUGGUGCUGCGCGGAGAGCACCUGCUGGAGAUGCUGGAGUGGAGCGUCUACAACUACGACCCCUCCGAGGCGCCGGGCGGCUUCCUCCAGCUCUCAGGACUGCGGGUGAGCUACGACCUCUCCCGCCCCGCGGGCAGCAGGCUGGUGUCUGCGCAUGCGCGCUGCGCAGACUGCCGCGUGCCGCAGUACCGCCCCGUCAGCAGGGACGCCUCGUACGGCGUGCUGGCCUCCAGCUUCCUCACCGGCGGCGGAGACGGCUUCGUGGUGCUCCGGGACCACGCCGUCAACUCCACCGUGCUGGGCUCGACGGACGUGGAGGUGGUGGUGGACUACAUCAGCCGCAUGUCGCCCGUGUACCCGGCGCUGCAGGGCCGCAUCGUCUUCCAGGGGGCGUCGGGCGGCGGGGAGGGGGCGUCGGGCGGCGGGGAGGGGGCGUCGUCGGCGUCCCUGUCCAUGCCGACCCUGCCGACCCUGCUGGCGCCCGCCUGCCUCGCCCUGCUGGCGCGCCGCGGCCGCUAGAGGCGAGUCCUAGGGCCCGGCGAGCUACAGCAGUCGUCGGCCUGGACGCCACGCCCCUCGUGACCUAGUGGAGGGGGGGAGAAACACUUUACAUUUAUCAUUCUUCACGCAAGUGGGGAACUAGAAAUCUUGUGAUUCAGCAUGAAACUUCUUUCAUUAUUUCCUAAAAAUGUGGUGACUUCUUCUUUUUUCCAAAUUUUCUGAAAAUACAUUUCGCUUGGAGUAAAAUGAUUUACAAAUAUAAUAUAUCCGAAUGUUUAAGAGACGCGCGCGCGCGUUUGCAUUGAAUCAGCUUGCGCCAUACGCGCCUCGAGAGGCGUGUAUGGUCUUGUUGGCGUGCACUCGCCACGUCGCCGUCCCGUCUCCCCACUCCCCCAGUUGCUGGGGGAACGUGACGUCACGCACCCUCUCGGCCAGUCACGCUGCACCGCCGCCCCUGCCGAGUGCUUCGCUCACUACUGCUGCUGCUGUUCACACCCGCCUCGUGUUCGCGAUGUCUCAGUCGACCCGCUGCGUGGUCUGCACCUCGCGUGUGCUCGUGUGUGUGCGUGUGGAACAAGGCCCCAUCCCUGGCUCGCAGUGGCGUAGUACGAGCAUACCUCGUGUAAAUAUAGUGUGUGUUAUUUGUACACACUUGGGGUGAGUUUUAAACCGAUGUGUACAGUUUAAUUUGGAAACACAAAUAGUGUCAAUUUUGUUCUUUACAUCUACAUUUACCAUAAUAUAUUGAGCACUUCACUGUUUGUCAGCAAUAGAUGUUGAGUGGUGAGCUAAAGAUAAUAUAAUGACCUCACGAGUGUCAAUUCUUCACAAAACCAGCAAAAAUAUGCCUUGUAGAUCAAACUCUUUCUUUUGGGGUACAAAAAAAACUGGCAUGAGAAGAGGUGAAAGUGAUAAUGGCCAUCUUAUAUAAUGGCGGUUACCUGAUUGUAAGGAUGACUCCUUUACUAAUGCGUUUAUAACUGUGGGAUCCUUUCGUUUUUUUAAUGCUGUAUUAAGUGAGAAACUAGUCAUGAGGGAAUGUCCAAAUUGUUUUGACGCUAACAAAACCUGGUGUAUUAAAAAAAAAAUACUACAUAUUUUGUUGGUCAUUAUUCUGUGUUUACAGAUGCUUUGUCAUUUAUUUGUGGGAAAUAUUAAAAUUUUUAUUCAUAUUGUUGAUCGAUUCAUAAAACUGUAUACAUGAAACAAAUAUUAACAGUUGGCUGGUUCAGAUAAUGACUAUCAUCACAUAUAUACUAAAGAAGCUCCUCGCUGACAUUUUUAAGAUGCAGUUUUUUAAGAAGGAUCAUUUAGGCUGAUGGUAAUCGGAAACAUUCUUUAUGUGGUUAAAACUAAUUUUUUUUUUGCACUUGUAAUAGCUUAUGGUGUUAUAGAUCCGAAAUGGUAGCGACAAAAAACUGUUUUAUUCCUAAAUGAUUGAUUACAUUGUUCUUUUAGAUAAAAAAAAAGGGUUUUUGAAAUAUGCACAACAAAACAACAAAAGCAAGACCAGUCUCCACCUGAAUAAAAGAAUAUUCUCACCAGCGCUGCCUUAGAAACGACAGUAUUUCGUGCUGGAUGUUUCGUUUUCGGCAAGAAGCCAAAGCAGAAGAGUAGACCGAACUGUAAACGUAAGAUUUUUGCCUGAUGAAACCAAGACUGAAAGUCGUAAAGUAUAGUUAGGCUUUAGUCAGCGUGUACCUGUAAGUAAUGUUCUUAGCAUUCGAAACAGUGGAGAACUAUUCAAAAAACAUAUUUUAAUAGUUCAUAACCAGACUACUUUUAACUGCUGAAGAAAACCGAAACUAUUACGUUGUCAACAAAUCAAUACAGAUUACAUAAAAAAUACUAUAAAGCAAUGCAAACAGUAAAACUAUAAUAAUCUUUACACUUAUGAUUGUAAAUAUGGUUAUAAACGAAUAUUUUAUAAAUCUUUUAUAAAUUGCAGCCGAUAAUAUAAAAUCGAAUUUUAGUUUUAACUGUGUACAAAUGUAAUGAUUGUUUUAUACCACAUGCAGUAUUUAUUACAAGUAAAUAUAAAUCUAUGGGCAUCUUAAUAUUUUGAUGUUGCACAUUAACAUUUUAAUUUAUGUAAUUUUUGUGGAUGUAAGUGCAUCAAUGGGCUUGUUAAAAAAAUGAAAUUGUCUUUGGAAAUUGUUGGUAAAGGUUUACUAUUUUAGAAUUAAAUUUAAGUUUGGUCUUAUUACAUUUCCAAUUUAAAAAGUGAACAAAUAAAAUACAAGCUUUGUGUU